AAGUUCCUGGGCAUAGCCUGACAGGCACGUGUCUUCUAGAGCUUUCCGCGUUCGAGCACGGAUCAGAGAUGGAUCUCCACCCUGGCAAUCCCCUCAUGAACAUUACAACGCGUCCAACGCGGUACUUAAGAAGGGACUACCUGCUCGAGCUCUUCUUUGUUAUCGUACUACCCAAUACUCGGCUUGGCGCUGUUCGAUUGACUGCACGUCGAAAAGGUCAGUAUGUCGCACACUCGUAAUCCUUUGCUGCUAGCACCAAGCUAUCUGAUAUUUGCCCACACGAUCGUGAUUGAUCGUGGUGUACAUUCCGGCUAUUCGCAUGUACCAAUCGGUGCUAGCUCCUCCAUGCUGAGAACCACACAGCCAUCAUGUUUCGAUCAGUACUCGGAGAUGUGACCUCUCAAGUCGCUAAUGUUCAGCCACCUCGAACUCAAGAAAUUGUACCUGCAACGAACACAGCCCAGAUCGAAGUGGCUCGAGCAUCUUUUGCCAAAUCAAACUAUCAAGUUGACCUCAACGACAUUAGCAAGCCAUCCACCAUGAUGGGUACGAAGCGCAAAGCGCUAGACACUCCCUUGUCGAAUCUAGAUGACUUCGAUGUGGACAACAUGGCGGUUGACAAAUCAUGUAACCAAGUCCGCGGAAUGAUAAGGAGAUUCUUGGACUCCGGAGAAAUGAAGAAGGGGGAAUUUGCAGAUGCCAUCCGCGUAGCUCCGAACAGCCUGAACAGAUUCCUGACUCAGAAUGGCAGCAUGGCCGGAGAGGCAAAUUCUACCUAUGGCAAUGCCUGGAGAUUCUUCAAAAGGCGAGAACUCGCUGGCAUCAAAACAACUAAGAAGGCGAAGACUUCUCCCUCAGUCUCUACUGCUGGAGCUGGAGGCAACAACCCAUCGCAAACACACGCCGACAUCAGCACGAUUCGCCUUCCUGGCGAGGAGAGCAGAUCUGUCCCUAUCUUCGACACUUGCGAUGAGAUUCGCAAGAAAAUCAAUGCGUAUCUGGUGAAUCCUGGUGUCACUCAAGCGUCUUUCUGCCGCGAGCUGGUAGCACAGCUACCUGCCGGGACUCAUAUUCAAAGCAAGCAGCUGACCGACUUUCGAUCCAAACGAGGUCCGAGGCAUGGCAACACAUCUUGCGUCUUUUAUGCUGCUUAUGUUUUCUUCGAAAAGCUCAGGCUGGCUGAAGGAAAGCCAAAAUCGAAGCAUCGACUGGAGAUGGAGGAUUAUUGGGCACCACAAGGUGGUUUUGAUAUCGUGCAUGGUCAUAAUACACACUAUAACUAUAUGAAUCACGAGAGACCGUAUGAAGAUAAGCUGGGACGGGUCUUGUUUGGUUGAAGCGGGGUUUCAUUCAUGAGCUGCGCUCUUCGCGUCCAAUGUUAUGCUGUGUACGAUACUGUAAUAUGAAGUCUUUGAAUGUACUCAAUGCUCUGCAUUCUGCCCCUCUCGCUGCUGCCUGCUGGAGGAACAGUCGGCACCUCUUCUGUAACAUAGAAGGAGGCAUUGCAACCGGCUGCCAGCCUUAUCCACUCUGCCCAUCGGCAGACCGGCACACCACUACUUCGGCUUCGCGACGUC